AUGGCAUCUGAAUCUUCAAAAUCCAGGCCCCGAGGAGCCAGUUUGAGAAUAAAGAACUUUCUGAACAAAAGAAAGAGCCAUUCAUCUGUGUCUAGUGCAGGUUCCAUGCUUUCCAAGAAUCAAAGACCGGAAGCGAACGCCGAUGUGAGCUCUACAGGUUCAUUCUUGGUUCUUCCCACCAUUUCGCCAAUUUCACCCAACGACUCCAUAUCGGGACUCAAGUCGAAAAUCAAGGAGCACACAAGGACCAACAACGACGAUGAAGACGAUGAAGACGUCGACGACAUAGCAUCGUCGUCAACAAGAUCUACAACUUCCGUCACAAACCGCACGAGUCGGUCCCUGAAAAAACUUGUGUCUCACAAGUCAAACUCGUCGGCAGGCGCACGAUCCACCACAAAACCCAAGAAUGGCACAGGGAUUUUGGAGAGCCUAAUGCAUUCCUUCAAUCUCAAGUCCCAGACAAGCUUCCAUGAGAUUCCGCCCUCUUUGAACACUUCAGGCGAACAAGAAAGCCACGAAAGCGCGUCUCCCGUUGAUAAUAUCGAAUUCAAGCCCAUCAAGACCUCUGUGCUUAGCUCAUUGGGCAAAGGCUCAUUGGCGCUCGAUUAUUUUCCCAAACCCGCUGCUUCCGAAGCUCACGAGCUACCGUUCUCUGCCAUUGGCAGCGACAGCACCAACCGAACAAAUGCCAACACCCUUGCUGAUCCGACAACAACAACCACCCAGCCAACGUCUCCAAAUACCAAUACUCCUGUGGAAGAGGCUCCAAGCUUAUCCAGAGAUCUGACCGUCGCCAGGAGAACGCUGUCUCCUAGCUCAAUGAAAAAGUCUGUGAGUGCGAACGCGCUGUACACGUUGAACUCCUACAACAAUAGCAGCAUUUUUGAAGAGGAUGGGACCCUUCACAACAGACGUUCUAGACAGCCAAGAGAAACAGGACGGCUUACUGUUAGCGACACUGCACAGUUGAGCCGCCAUACCACAAGUUUUAUAGACCACGAAGAAGAUCUCGAGGCUCGCAAAAAGCGACUGACGGAACAGCUGGGUAUAAAGCUUCCCAGUCAGAAGCGACAAGACUCGUUCCAUCAGAUGUUUCCUGAAAUUCCCGCAUCAGAAAUAUUUAUCGAAGACUACACAUGCGCAUACCGCAAAGACGUGCUAAUCCAUGGCCGCAUGUACGUGAGCGAGAACCACAUUAGCUUCCACUCGAACCUAAUUGUUCUAAUCACGCAUUUCACCAUCACGUUGAGUAAAGUGCUGUCCAUCAAAAAGAAGAAAACCGUCGGUAUCCCCAAUGCUCUCGAGUUCAGCACUCUGCAUGAUAAGUACACCUUCGCAUCGUUCAUUUCCAGAGACUCAACGUACGAGCUGCUUGUGACGAUCUGGUCAUCGUCGCUCUCGGGCUCUGUUCUCAACACCGUCGACCUGGACUUCACCACCUCUGAGGUGGACUCUGACAUUCCCGAUUCUGAGGAGAGCGAUGACCCUGACGCCAUGAAAAUGUCCCGUAACGGAACCAUACAAAGCAAAACCAUCAAAACCGCGAAGGAGCCUCUUCCUGACUCUGGGAGUGACAGUGAAGUAUCCGACAAGGAGAACAUGAUUUCAGACGACGAGCCAGAAGUCAACGAUAAUUCUGAGAAUCGCACAUUCAGUGGAAUACCCUACGAUGGUCCUUUGCAACACGAACCUACCAGCAAUGCAUACUCUCCGGAGUCGGGAGAAGUGGAAGUUAUCAAGGAUACGAUUCCUGCUCCUCUCGGGGCAGUAUACUCGCUUUUAUUUGGCCAGGAUACCAACUUUUUGAAAAAUGUCUUAAAAACGCAGAAGAACAUAGACAUAUCGGAAAUCCCUGCCUUUGAUGAGACGACAAAAAAGAGAAAGUACUCAUACGUCAAGCCGCUCAAUGGUCCAAUUGGCCCCAAGCAGACCAAAUGUAACGUGGAAGAGGAAAUUGAGCGCUGCGAUUUCAACUCGAGCUGUCUAGUGACCCAGAUGACAGAAACUCCGGACGUGCCAUCCGGAAACUCAUUCCGCGUGAAGACGCGGAUCUUUUUGAGUUGGGCUAACAACAAUGGCUGCAGAAUCCAAAUUGUGACGUCACUUGUCUGGAGCGGCAAGUCGUGGAUCAAGAGCGCGGUGGAAAAGGGAACCAUCUCAGGACAGAAGGAAUCCCUAGGCAUUUUGGUGAAGGAAGUGAAGAAACGCGUGGCUGGAACUCCCGUUUCUAUUUCGAUCAAAAGGAGAAGGUCGGCCUCUGAUAAGAAGCGCAAGGAAGUUGAGGAGGAGCCUGAAGAGACCCCGGUCGUUUCGCCGACUCCUGCAGAGCCUAUGCUCAAAGACAGGAUUCUUGCUCAGCUGGAUCUCAAGGCGGUGCUCUUGAUAAUUCUGAUCCUCCUUAUGUUGUGGGACAAGUUUACACGACCAGACCCGGAGCCCAGACACAGGGCACUGGACAACCAGAUAUACAGGACGAGCGAGGCAGAUUUGUGGAACUGGAUCGACCAGCGCCAGAACGGCUUUUCUGCCGACCAGCCCCCAGAGGUAGGUGUCCAGCAGCUGAAGGAGGUGAUCAGAGUGGUGGAGAAACAACUCGAUGGUCUGAAGGAUUCGACCAAAUAA